CGCCACGUGGAGGGGAAGCGGCGGAGCAGGGCGGCACCGCCAUGGCCUCCAACGAUUACAGCCAGACGGCGACGCAGAGCUACGGGGCGUACCCCACCCCACCGGGGCAGGGCUACUCGCAGCAGAGCAGUCAGCCCUAUGGCCAGCAGAGCUAUAGCGGCUAUAGCCAGUCGACUGACACUUCCAGCUACGGCCAGAACAGCUACAGCUCCUCCUACGGCCAGACCCAGAGUAGCUACAGCACCCAGUCAACCCCCCCAGCCUACGGCAGCACCAGCGGCUACGGCAGCGGGCAGAGCUCGCAGACCUCCUACGGGCAACCCUCCUCCUACCCCAGCUACUCCCAGCCGCCGGCAGCCAGCUCCUCCACCGGCAGCUAUGGGAGUAGCUCGCAGAGCUCCAGCUACGGUCAGCCGCCCAGCAGCGGCUAUAACCAACAGUCGAGCUACAGCGGGCAGCAGCAGAGCUACAGCCAGCAGUCGUCUUACAACCCGCCCCAGAGCUACGGCCAGCAGAGCCAGUACAGCAGCGGGGGCAGCAGUGGAUCCAACAACUACGGGCAGGAUCAGUCGUCCAUGAGCGGCAGCGGUUACCAGGAGCAGAGCAGCUACGGAGGCGGGCAGCAGGAGCGGAGCCGCGGCCGGGGCGGCUACGGCCGAGGUGGCUACGACCGCGGGGGCCGCGGGAGCCGGGGCGGCCGCGGAGGCAACCUCGGCGGUGGUGAGCGUGGUGGCUUCAAUAAAUUCGGUGGACCCCGGGACCAAGGGCCACGGCAUGACUCUGGCGAGCAGGAUAACUCGGACAACAACACCAUCUUCGUGCAGGGGCUGGGCGAGAACGUCACCAUCGAGUCGGUGGCCGACUAUUUCAAGCAGAUCGGCAUCAUUAAGACCAACAAGAAGACGGGGCAGCCCAUGAUCAACCUCUACACGGACCGGGAGACGGGCAAGCUGAAGGGGGAGGCCACCGUCUCCUUCGACGACCCCCCCUCUGCCAAAGCCGCCAUCGACUGGUUCGACGGCAAAGAGUUCUCCGGCAACCCCAUCAAGGUGUCCUUCGCCACGCGCCGUGCCGACUUCAACCGUGGCGGUGGGGGCGGCCGGGGUGGCCGCGGCCGGGGAGGGCCCAUGGGACGCGGUGGUUUUGGCGGCGGCAACAGCGGCUCCGGUGGGGGCAACCGGGGUGGCUUCCCCAGCGGCGGCGGGGGCCAGCAGCGCGCCGGUGACUGGAAGUGCCCCAACCCCGCGUGUGAGAACAUGAACUUCUCGUGGCGCAACGAGUGCAACCAGUGCAAGGCCCCCAAGCCCGACGGGCCCGGCGCGCCCCACAUGGGUAAAUACCCGGGGGCGGCCGCGGCGGGAACCACAUGGGCGGUGGCGGCGGUGGGUUCGGCGAGGAGCGACGCGGUGGGCGUGGAGGCUUCGACCGCGGCGGCUACAGGGGUGGCCGGGGCGGAGACCGGGGCGGCUUCCGCGGGGGGAGAGGCGGUGACCGAGGCGGCUUCGGGCCAGGGAAGAUGGAUUCCAGGGGCGACCACCGGCAGGACCGCCGCGAGAGGCCCUACUGAGCCCUGCCCCGCACCCCCUCCCCCCCAAUGUUUUUUAUUUGGUGCCCUGCCCCCGGGCCGGCCGGCCCCGCCCCCUGCGGGGUCUCCCCGCUUUUAACUCCCCCCCCACCCCCUCCCCCAUUAAAGUCUUGGGGGACGACA